AUGUCGUUAGUCGAUAUUAUUCUCAAAAAUUACAAUGCUAUAACUACAGUAAUAUCAGUUUGUAUAAAUUCUUAUUUUACGUAUAUUGUAAUAUUCAAAUCACAAAAUGCGAUUGGUUCUUAUCGUGAAAUAUUGGCUGCGACGGGUAUUUUUGAAAUAUUUUAUUCGCUUCUUAUUGUUAUAUCAAAUCAGCUUUUAUUUAUAACUCCAGAUGUAUUUUCAGUUUAUAUGCAGCCUGGUGCUAUUUUUGAUGUAGGUGAUCUUCGCAAAAAAACCGUGAUGAUUACUGUAUUUCAGAACACUUUCUUAACUUUACAUGUGAUGUCAAUAAAAGUUUCUUGUAUUGCAUUAACCUAUGGAAUGCUAGAAAUACACUUUAUUUAUCGAUAUAUUGCAAUAUGCCGGUUUGUUUUUGAAAAUUAUUUCGUAAACCAAUCAAACAGUUUUGCAGUCCUCAAUCUUUGAAAAAUCUAACAUCAACGAGCGGAAAAUUUAUGUUAUUUAUGUAUUUUCUCAUACACGGCUUGAUUCUUUAUUUGAUUUAUGUUGUUUUGUUAGAUUGUGAUUCUGAUACACGUUCGGAAUUCGAAGAUGCAUUUAGUUUGAAAACAAACUUAUCAAUUCAUGAUCGCGCAAUUAUUUGUAUGACAGUUACUAUUGGAUCAGAAAAAGCAAUAAUGAAUGGAUAUAUUGCUGAAAUAUUAUUGUAUAUAAUCUCAAUUUAUUCAGUAUUGAUUUAUUUGAUAUUCGGAUAUCUUGUUAGUUUUUGCUGUUAUUUAAAAAUCUUACUGUGAUUUCAGAUAAUAAGAGAAUUCAAAAACACGGAGAUGAGUAAAAAAACAAAAGAAAUGCAAGAAAGAUUAACUCUCUCCCUAAUUGUUCAAACAAUUAUACCAGUAUUUUCAAACUUUUUACCAACAAUUAUUUCGUGGUCUUGUCCUUUGUUUCAAUUGUCCCCACCAUUGUAAGUUCUCUGAAGUAUUGUGAAAUGAAAUUGAUGUUGUUUUUUCUAGAAUUUUCUGGAGAUUUUCUCAAAUAGCUGUGUCUUUAUUUCCAAUACUUGAUCCAAUUGCUGUUAUUGCAAUUCUUCCCGAAUAUCGAAGAGCAACAUUAUCUAUCUUAUUAUGCAAACCACCCAAGCAAUCAAAUGAUUUAUUUACUGUAGGUUGA